CCGAGACCACAACUUUACAGCCUCAGAGAAGGAGAGAGUCUGCAUCCAGGGCUCCUCUUGUCAGCGAUCAGAGCUCGGAAAUAGCCAGAGCUGUCGGAGUCGGAGAGAUGGAAUGACCAGGACCGGCUGACACAGGAGAUCUGAACUAUAAAUCUCAAACCUGGGUUCAUUUCCAUCGCCAUAAACACGCCUUAGCCCCUGGCUCCCCCAUCCCCUACAACGAAGGAACCCCAUCUUCCUUGUGUCUGACUUCUAAGGCACCAGUGCACCAAAGUCCUCAAAAACCGAGGGAACAGGAAUGUAAUCGAGGAUGUUGGCCCUGCGGCUCCUCAACGUGGUGGCCCCCGCCUACUUCCUGUGCAUCUCCCUGGUGACCUUCGGGCUGCAGCUCUUUCUCUUCCUGCCCAGCAUGCGUGAGGACCCCUCGGCCACCCCACUCUUCUCACCCGCGCUGCUCCACGGGGCUCUCUUCCUGUUCCUCUCAACCAAUGCCCUGGGCAAUUAUGUCCUGGUCAUCCAGAACUCCCCAGACGACCUGGAUGCCUGCCAGGGGACCUCGGCCAGGAGGGCUCCGUGCCCCCCGCCCAGCACCCACUUCUGCCGAGUGUGCGCCAGAGUCACCCUGAGGCACGACCAUCACUGUUUCUUCACCGGCAACUGUAUCGGCAGCAGAAACAUGCGCAACUUUGUCCUGUUCUGCCUCUACACUUCCCUCGCCUGCCUCUACUCCAUGGUGGCCGGCGUGGCCUACAUCUCUGCCGUCCUUUCCAUCUCCUUCUCCCACCCCCUGGCCUUCCUCACGCUCCUUCCCACCUCCAUCAGCCAGUUCUUCUCUGGAGCUGUCCUCGGUUCUGAAAUGUUCGUCAUCCUCAUGCUCUACCUCUGGUUUGCCAUUGGCCUGGCCUGCGCUGGCUUCUGCUGCCAUCAGCUGCUGUUGAUCCUCCGGGGGCAGACCCGCCACCAGGUGCGGAAGGGGGUGGCCGUGAGGGCCCGGCCCUGGCGCAAGAACUUACAGGAGGUCUUCGGGAAGCGGUGGCUGCUGGGCCUGCUGGUGCCGAUGUUCAAUGUUGGAGGUGAGAGCUCCAAGCAGCGGGACAAAUAGCAGGCACCCCACUGUCUCUCUGUGUGUAUUGUGAUACCGCCUGAACAUAAGGCCCACUGCACCCUUGUCACCACUCGUGAUCCACUAAAACCUUAGACUGGUGAGGUCCUAGCAUCCACCCCUGGCCUGUGACACAGAGAGAGGAAUUGGUGGAUGGAUCAUGGCAAGGAGGAAACAUGGCCAGCCUGGCAUUGCAGGGCCACAAGCCAGCUGGGUGGCGGCUGUUCGGAGGCCUCUGCUUUCGUUUCUUGUCUUGGGGUCCCUGCCUUCCUCCUCUUGCUCCCCACAGUCACUCAACAUUAUCGCAACUAUCUACUAGCGCUCUUCCUCUCUGCCUCACCUUGGGAGGGAGGAGUGGAUUCUUGCUGCUGGGGUGAUGUUGCCCAGGAGCGGAGCCUGAUAAGAUAUUUAAGGAGGCAGCCAAGUCAGCUCUGCCAACUGCUAGGGAAGGUAGGAAGGAGGGAAGGAGUUCUGGUCCCUUCUGUGGGAUUGUGAGCAAUGGGAGAGAUGCUGUUCAUCACCACCCCAGCCCCUAAGUCACAAGGCCCUUCUCUAUGAGGCCUAGGUCAGUGGCCUACGGCUUCCAACUGCAUUGUUUGCCCCAGCUGGGCCUCCCAGGGCCUGACUAGCCACUUUCUUUCUCUGCCUUUCCCUUGGUCUCCAACUCUGGUCUUCGCUAGGUGCUGGGAAGACAGGAAGGAGGGGGAAGGACAGGAGAGAUACCAGUAAUGAGAGAGGCAAGUGACUGUAUAACUGUAUAGGAAGGGGUGGGGGGAGGGCUUGAGGAGCGAUGUUAUGAAAAUAGAGAAAAAGUGCAGGAUGCACUGGGAUAUUUGAAGAAUGAGAAUGAGAGAGGAAAAUGGGUUCAUUUCUGCCCCGUAUAAAGGACAUUCUAGCAGUUAAAGUUGCUCAGCACUUGAAUGAGUGCUUGGGAUGCAGUUAGUGUCCCGUCCUCACAGGAAAUCAGCAGCCUUCUGGCCAACUGACCAAGCUCUACAUAGGGCCAUGGAGGGAAGAUCCCUCCCUUCCCCAAGAUUCUAGUGUCACUCUCAUGAUUGUCAGGUCCAGAGGCGAGAGCCAUAGAGAUACUUACAUGGAGAGUAGGACAAAAAUGGAGGGGUCUGAAAAUUACAAUGCAAAAGUUCAUCAUAGUCCCCAGUCACUGAGGAUAGAAUCUCUGGAGAGCCAGCACUACCUGAAUGUGAACACUUGUUGAGGGUGUUGGCACUUAUGGGCAGGGAGAUGGAGCAGUGUUAGGGGCAGAUGGAGACAGUGGUGGGUGGCAAAGCUGGGCGAUCACGCUCUGCUCUGGGGUGAGACUGAGGGAGUUGAGACUGGGGGCAUCCGAAUACAGGGGUGCAAUUGCCAGAACAACCUGCUCCUCUGGCCGACUGGUUUCUAGGCGCUGCAGGAACAUAGCCCCUAGUGUCUGUGAGGGAGGGCAGGCUACCAGAGCGCCCUCCUGGCUGGGUCCCAAGUGCACUCUGUUGUCCAUGUAAGUGCCAGGACAGAUGCCCACAGCCUAAGUAUGUAGCUGGUGGUCACGGCGACCCCACCUGUCACCAAGCAACACCCUGAAUUCUUAAGCUUUAGAGGAACUUUACCUGGGUCCAUCCUUCACCCCCCUUUGAAGGACCAGUACGGUGAUGGCUCCACCCCUCCUACUUCUCCCUCUGUAUCUGCUCACUCAUGCAUCCCAUAUACAUUUCUUAAGCGCCACCUACGUGCUAAGUCUCUUCCAGGUAUUGGUAUGCUGUGGUGAGCAAGACAAAAAGAUACUUCCUUCCAGGAAUCUUAUCACAGCCCCCGGGCACUGACUCCCCCUGGUGGUCACUCGGCCUUCUAGGCCGGCAGCUUGGUUCUCUUGGAGGAAAGAAAGGAUGUAGCAGAGAUGACUGAAAGGGAAGCCCAAGUUGCCCAGGUGAAGGCGCCAUGGGGGGAGAUCUCGCCACCAGAGCUGGCCCCACAUAAGUAGCCAAAGGGGAGUUUGGCGAAGGCCUGAGCGAUCCAGGCCUUCUGUCCUGACUCCAUAGUUCACUUUGGGAGCCUUGUGGAGGCUCUGCACUGAUGCUGGGCAUAGGGAGGCAAGGUUAGCUCGUGGCAGAUGGCAGCUUGCAGAUAUGGGACUGGAGCGGCAUUUGUUCAACACGGCUCUGUGUCACUGACGAAGAACAUCAAUAAAAUAUGUGGUUUUAA